AUGAUUGCCGUAGGCGCUUACGUGCGCCAGUGUAUAUGGAAACCUACCGUACGAAGGGGACGAGCAAUAUGUGAAUUCGGUAGGCCGUCGUACAAGCCUUUGCCACCCAUCGUUGGUGCAAAAGUGUUUGAUUCCACGAAGAGAACAGCCCCGGCUUACUCAUUUGGUCGCAAGACAGGUUCGCGACGUACUGGUUUUGAUGACGGGCCGGCAAAAUUUGACGUGUCCGGAAUGUCUAAUCGCGGCUUCUACAAAAAAGUAGGUAUUGCUAUGAAAAGUCGUCGAGUCGAGUUGAAGCCAUUUCCUAAUCCUGGCGUUGGGAACUAUGUAGUGGACAGAGGUUUUGCUGUGACUACAAAAACCAUACCGCGAUAUUCAUUCGGCAAGAAGCCGCAGCAACUGAAACCUUUCAUGACACCCGCUCCUAACGUUUACAAUCUGCCGCCUGUGGUGGGCACAGCGAAGGAGGGCAAUAAAAAGGCCGCGCCAGCUUUCACUAUGUUAGGUAGAGAGAAGCCACGCAAGCUAACAUGUUUCAUUUAUCCGGGACCCGGAGAUUAUGAAGAUAAAUCUGUUUGUAAACGAAAGUGUCCGCCUAAGUACACAAUGCGCCCACAAACUAAAGUACUUGAUGACAGCAUAAACAAACCCAGUCCAAAUGCUCAUUAUGCUGAGCUGUACCAUAAACAUAAGUCAGUCCCUGCCCCCUCUUUCUCUAUUCAUCAUUCACCGUGUCUUGGUAUACGUAAAGCUUAUCCAAUGCCUGACAGGAAAAAUCUAAUCAAAUGCAAUGUGUUGGAGUAA